UUGGUUGGUGGUACUCACACAACGUCUUAUGCUCUUCAAGCGAUAACUUGGUUUUUUUAUAAAUUUAAUUUUUAUUUUGUUAACCAAACACACACACACACAUAUACAGACAAAAUGUCUUUGCAAAUGUCGGAAAUGUCCAAAACCUAUCAAUACCGCAAAGUAAUGAAACCCAUGUUGGAGCGCAAACGUCGGGCCCGCAUCAACAAGUGCCUGGAUGAGCUGAAAGAUUUGAUGGUGGCCACUUUGGAAUCAGAAGGUGAACAUGUGACACGUUUGGAGAAGGCUGACAUCUUGGAGCUGACUGUAACCCAUUUGCAAAAGAUGAAGCAACAACGCCAGGCCAAGGGUGCCUCCAAUACCAUGUCGCAAUCGGAAGGUUUCCGCUCUGGCUACAUUCAUGCAGUAAAUGAAGUUUCCCGCUCCUUAUCGGAAUUGCCAGGAGUAAAUGUCAGCCUAGGCACUCAAUUAAUGACUCACUUGGGCCAAAGACUUAACCAACUGCAGCCACCUGUAAAGCCUGCAUUGCCUUUGAGCACACCUCUGUCAGUGCAGAUAGCAGCCCCCAGCUUCAAAGGCCAGCAAUACACUGUGCCCAUUUCUCCAGUGUCCAGCUACAGCAGCAGUCCCAACUCCAGUGUAAGCAGUGAGAAGCAUGCCCACUCGCUGUUGACCACUUGCCCCAGCACUCCCAGCAUUGAUGUGACCAGCAUUGAUGUGGACGAAGAGGAUGAGGAAAAUGUAUGGCGUCCUUGGUAAAUCAGCCCUGCCAGCACAGCACCUUUGUACAAGUCUUCCAGAAAUGUUGCCAACCCAGAAACCUAAGACAGGUUGAAUGGACAGCAGCCCCCAAAAAAAGCUUUAAAUAAAUGAGAGAGCAUUGAAUGAUGAAAGCCGGUCCAAACUUUCAAAACCCACUCAUUCUUAAAUUUAGGAUUUUUAGUGUUUAAGACCAUUAUCAUGUGAUAGAAUUUAGUAAAAACAAACACCCUCACC